GGUGGGUGCAGACUGGGGCUCCUGGGUCUGAGGGAGGAGGUGGGUGCAGACUAGGGCUCCAGGGUCUGAGCAAAGAGAAGGGACCUGGAGACCAGGAGUCCUGCUUCCUGAACUCUCUGUCUUUCCAGCCCCCGCACAGAAGGCCCCUCCUCCGUGGCAGCCACAGAGGCUCAGACAGGACACAUGGCAGGUCCCCUGCUCCAGCCCCUGCUGCUCCUACUGCUGUCCUUCGCCCUGGGAUCUGCUGGACAAGCAGCCCAGGAUACCGGGGAGAGGAUCAUUAACGGAGUUCCAUGUCCAAGAGGCGCCCAACCCUGGCAGGUGGCCCUGUUUACGGACCGUGGGAUCCAGUGUGCAGGGGUGCUAGUCGACAAGGACUGGGUGCUCACCGUCGCCCACUGCCGCAAGAGUGAGUAUAUCGUGCAAAUGGGCAGUGAUCUUCUGGUUGAUGGAAAUGCCCAGAGGAUCAGGGCCACACAGUCCUUCGUCCACCCCCGGUUUGACGCGGCCAGACGGGUCCAUGACAUCAUGCUGGUGAGGCUGAGCAGCCCGGCCACGCUCUCGUCCACCGUGAGGACAGUCGGCGUGCCCUCCAGGUGCAAACAGCCUGGGACCAGUUGUACCGUCUCCGGCUGGGGCAGCACCACCGUGGAUGUAGUGAGGAGCACACCGCAGCUCAUGUGCUCCCGCGUCCGCAUGGUCUCCUACAAGGACUGCAGGAAGCUUUUCCCGGCCAUGUUGAGGAGAUUCAUGCUCUGUGCUGCUGCUCCCGACAGACAGUCCUCCGCCUGCAAAUUCUCUGCCCGGGGCCGGGUGGGAGCCCACGGGGGCCGGCGUGGCCUUGGGGGUGGGCACAAAGUCCCUAACAUGAGUUGGAAAAAGGGGCUACAAUGA